GAGACGCGUAAAAACAUAUUGUUUCCUUAAGUAUAUGCGAAAAUGACGUCAUCCGUAGUCAGGGCUGCAACUGAAUAGCCGUGCCAGCCCGGCUUUGUCUGUAUCAUUUGGACGGGAUGUUCGUCAGACUCCCGAGUUUGAAUUCCAUUGAUACUAUCAGUAGGAAAAGUCACUGCCUUUCUCAGUUAUGACCACAUUUUGGAUCCCAGCCCUGUGUCUAUUAGGCGCAAACUUUCUACUCAACGGCUACCUAGCAAAUUCAGCCGCUGGCAACACUGGAGCCCGUGACAACAAGGGUACGGAGUUUAUUCUGACGUUCACGGAGAACCUGCAGCGGGACCAGCACGAUCCCAAACUGCAGGUGGCGGGAACGACCCAGACUCCCGCUACAGUCACCGUGGAGGUCCCGGGUGCCGCGUUCACCACCACAUUCAACAUCGGCUACGGAGAGGUAAACACAGUUGAUUUGCCUCGCGUUGCCGUAGAGCUGCGCGGUAGCGGAGUACAAAACACCGGCGUCCACGUCACCGCCUCCCGAAAGAUCGUUGUUUACGGCGUCUUUGUUGAGCAGGCGACUUCUGACGCCUUCCUGGCCCUUCCCACCGACGUACUGGGCACGGAGUACUUCGUGUCCUGCUUCACUCCAUCCGGCGGCUACCCUACUCAGGUCGGCGUGGUCGGGACCGAGAAUGGGACGUCUGUCAGUAUUGUACUGAAGGGGGACGUGACGUUCGACGGACAGACGUACACGGCCGGACAGACCAUCACCGUCAUCCUCAACCGGCUGCAGAGUCUACAAGUACAGAGCGAUGCGGACCUCACAGGGUCCCAUGUCACGUCCGACAAGAGCGUCGCGGUCCUCAGCGGAAACUACUUCGCCACCAUUGGGAAUGGAGGGUCCGGAUCAGGGGACUACAUCGUGGAGAUGAUCCCACCUGUGGACACCUGGGGGAGGGAGUUCGUCACCGUGCCGCUCAAACAGAGGACGGCCGGCGAUGUCUUCAGGGUCAUCGCUGCUAGAAAUAAUACACAGGUCGACGCCACGGGACAAGCCACGACCACCCUCCACGUCGGGGAUUUCUGGGGAUUCGAGGCCGGUUCGGACGCCUUCCUUCAUGUCCGUGCUACUGAGCCCGUGAUGCUCAUGCAAUAUAGUAAGACGGCUUCUGCCGACAGCACAAAGACGGACCCCUUCAUGCUGCUGAUCCCGCCUCUGCAGCAGUACGCAGCCGACUACACCUUCGCCACUGCUCAGCUGAUACAUAGACCCGACCAAGUGACUCACCAUAUCAACAUUGCAAUAAAGAGUUCUGAGAAGGAUGGACUUCGUCUGGACGGCAGUGCUCUAUCCUCCAGUGUUACGUGGACGGCCAUUCCAGGGACAGACCUAGCAGGGACCCACCUGGACAUCCCUGACGGCACGCACACGUUAGUCCACACCUCGCCCGUCGUCACCUUCGGGGUCUCCGUGUACGGGUUCUGCAGCGCCGAGUCGUACGGCUUCCCGGCGGGGCUCCGGAUGGCGCCGAUCGCCCUGCCCUGCAGCCCCACCCCCACCGUUCCCGGGGACGGGGUCGACAACGACUGCGACGGGAGGAUUGAUGAGGACCUGCUGGACGGACAGGACCACGAUGGCGACGGCGACGUCGACGAAGAUCUCGCAGCAGCAGCCCACCUGUACAGACUGUCAUUUGACGUUAGCGACGUGAGUCCCGCAGGAGGUACUGGCGUCAAUCUGACAGUGACGAUCUACUCCCCUGCCUGUGGUGGCUGGUGUGUGUCCACGUCUGUGCCAGGCGGCUUCCGACGAGGAAGGACACGACUGCAUUACUUUGAGGCCUCUGAUUUGGGUCGUCCAGAAAGGCUUCAACUUAGGACUGACGGCGUUAACAGGACCAUUCUUGAUCAGGUUCGGCUGUAUAACGGUCAAACGGGUGUCGAGGAGGAAUUCCCGUGUAACCAAUGUGAACUGAGUACAACUUGUGCUUGGGAGUCAUUGUUUUUGGACGCAAACGGUUCGAAGUCGUUAGGGUCAUUGAAGAUGACAUUUCCCACCGAGUGGUCCGUCACAACCUACGUGGAGGUUCAGGCGGCCAUGGCUGACCCGCUUGCCGCGCUGACAGCCUGCGGGGAGCUCCGGGUCCCGGACACGGCCAGCAGCCGUACUCUCUUCAGCUACGCCACCACUGAGAGCGCUCAUGGGAACGAACUGCUUGUCUUGGGGAAACAAGGGAGAACAACUUACAAUCUGAUAAUCAACGAUCACAAAAGUCCUGCAUUCGAGCUCCCCAUACAAGCCGGCCGCUGGCACCUGUUCUGCGUGACGUGGCUGAGCGGGAGCGGCGAGUGGGCGUUCUACAUGGACGGACAUCAGGUUACGACUGGUUCCGGACUGGCCACAGGUCAUCUGGUCAGGACCAAUGGCGCCUGGAUUCUAGGACAGGAACAGGAUUCCGUCAGAGGAGGCUUUACUUCAAGCGAGGCAUACAGAGGGGACCUGACACGCUUCAACGUGUGGGACCGUGUCCUCUCUACGGGGGAAAUGAAGGACGUCUACAAGUGCAGUAGUGGAGGCAACGUCAUCGACUGGGCCACUGUAACGGUGACGCCACACAUGGGCGUGGCCUUCUCUGAACACAUCUGCUCCGCUCCAGACGUGCAGAUGAUGUGGGAUGUCAGGACGUUAGGUGAAUCGACAGACGGAUUCCAAGGCGGGGAUGUGGUGACGAUGGAGUACAACCUCACCAUGACAUCAACCACAGCCCUGGUCAACAUCACACUGCAGUUUCUGUCAGACUCGCUCGAGGAGUUGAAUGCCGUCACCAUCUCUAACAGUUCGGAUCUACUAGAACUAAACGGCAAUCUCACUGGAAAGGUCAAAGGUACGGCGUUCUAUGGGCAGAGGCUCUCGGUAUGCAUUAAUGUGACCUACACAGGGAAUAAUUUCGGAAUUGAAGAGGUUUUGGGACCGGUUUGCCCCAACAAUACAGUGUUUGCCACAUCUAGUGCUCUUCCAAAGUUCAACGUAUCCUGGCUGAGCGAAGGAAAUGUAACAGUUGGUGAAAAUAAAAACAUGUCAGUCAUCGUGGUGUUCCCUCGUCUGAGAUUUGACAGCUUGGCUGUUGAAGUACAUUUCCCCACGAUCGGCUCUAUCCUACCCCUCUCCAUCACACACCUCACCGUCACUGAGGUCGGAGACAACGUCUCGCUGUUUGGACGGAACGGCACUCACCAGCAAAGUUCGUUACCCAUCACCGAGAAGGAAGAUCGAUGGGUGUUGGAACUAGAGGAUAUAUCCACCAUUGGGGGUGAAAGCAACAUUCUGAAGCUCGCUGUUGGGUUUAGAUUUACGAGAGACGAGGACUUCUCAACUCCAAAGGAACUUUGGGCAAGGGUCAGUGCCAGCUGCGUGGCGUUAGACACCGUGAUCUGGACGGGAGCCCUCCCCCUUACCGUGGUGCCGCGGGGCAAGCCUCUUCUGGUCCUGGACGCCUCGGUCAGCGACCCUGGCGACCUCAGCAGGGGGGAUAUGGUGACGUUCAUAGUCGACCUUCGCCACGACCCGAAUUCCACGGCCACGGCGUAUAACGUCACGACGAAACUUUUCUCAACUCCGUUCGUCAAGUUUGUCAGAUUGGGAGAACCCGAGAAUGGGCAAGAGCCAAGAGUGAUCGCCAAGGCGAACGCCAUUUUGUUCAAGUGGCCUGAGCUGGGCCUAACCGACCGGCACAGGUUCACGUUUCAGAUGAUGAUCGACCCGGAGAGUAAAGAGCGGCCAGGAGACCACCGUUUCGUGGGGCCGAUAGAGACCUUGUACCGCGGAACCGCCCUCCCAGGAAAACGGCUGCGUACCGAGACAAAGCUGCUGCAAUUUUUCUACAAAGUCUUUUCUGACGCCAACAGGCAAACCGUCCCAGAAUUUCGCGAACGGAGCUUUCUGGUCGAUUCCCAGAACAACAAGGUGUACUUUUGUAACUACGCAAGACGCCGACAGGGGUUGAAUGCCUGUUUUGCUCAUGAUGAAAACAACCCGUCCCAACAUGAGAACUGGAGAGUCCUGAGCCCGAUGCUGGGCAGCCUGCUGGGUGUGAACCAGGCGGGAUCCGAGCUGUACGGGGUGAGCCACUGUAGCAGGGCCUACAUGGUGAGCGAGGAUGACGGGAGGAACUGGUUCUCCAUCCCGCGGGAGGACUGGACCAAGGCCAGACAGACAGACUACGUACGGGCCAUGGAAGUGAAAGAGGGGGAGAACGCAGACGGCUCUACGGAACAAGGGACUACCUGGAGAGCUAAUGAUACUGGCAUUCUGAGACUUCCAGCUGGUGAGUCUGCCUGGCAACAAGUCGCCUCCUGGACCUGAUGAGGACAACAAAAUCCACCACCACAAAACGACCUGGACGUUUUUAUACUCAAAACAUGAAUGUAUUGGACAUAAAUGUAUAAUACAUA